CUACGUAAACAAACCAUCAAUCUCCCAGUGUGUGUUUUCGGACUGAUUGACUCAUCUUAGUUUGCUUAUAUUAUUUUACAUUAUUUUGUUCCCGCUUUCAAUUCCCUUAUUUAUUUAUAUAUAUUCAUUGCUAUAGAUAUUUGAGGUCUAUUACAUAAUCUUAAGCAAAAACCAUUUACAUACAAAACAAAAAUACACCAAAAAAAAAAGGACCGAAAAAUAAAGUCCAAUAAAUAGGAAUAAAUUUUACAGGUUACUAACAACUAUUCUUCCAGUUAAUUCCCAUCAGACAUUGUCGGAUUAAUUAUGUCGCUAGAUGCCGAGAGUUCUACGAAUCUGACCCAACAGCUGACGGUUCAUUCAAUUGAUAAAUCGUCUGCCGGACCAGAAAACAAUUCCGUGUCAAGGUCACCUGCAACUGCAACUUCAACUUCAGUCGCAAAACCAAAACCUAAUUCAAAUUCAAAUCCUUCAGUUCAUACAUCAACUGAUUCUACUCGUCAAUCAUCAGCUUCACGUGUCCUGGCCCAGCUGAUUUCAUGGGCUUCAGAGUCACUGACCAAUUCCAAAUUACCUACCACAAAUACUACUACUAAUUCAUCAUUCAGCGCGUUUUCUAAUAAUUCAUCAGUAAUACUGAAUAAUCAUGUCAUGUCUGUUUCUUCUCGGAAAAGACCCCAUUCGGCUUUAAGUGGUGGUAAUAAUAAUAAUGUUCAUGCCAAUAAUAUUGGUGUAAGAAAACUUGAAGAUGACCAUGAUGAAGACGAAGAUGAAGAUGAAGAUAUUGAAGAUGAAGAUGAUGAUAGUGAUGAAUUGGUUGACCCACAAAUUGAUAGAUUCCAACGUCAACCCGGAUCCAAUAUACUUGAUGAACAAGUUGGAAGUCAUUCAGCUGAUAAUCUCAAACGUGACUAUAAUAAUUCACGAGGAUCCAAUACAAUGACAAAUGGUCCAACAAGAUCAAAAUUAUCAGCAGAAGAUAUUAAGAUAGUCUUAUAUCUAAUUAUUAAAAUAAAACCUUUCAAAUAUAUAGGGGAUCGUUCAUUAAGUCAAAUGAGAAAAUGGGAGGCUGUUCAAGCUAAAUAUUCAGAAAUGAAAAGUCAAUUGAAAAGUAUUUCUGGAAUUCAACCUUUACCUAUUUCUGUUCCUACAGUAAGAACAUUACAGAGACAAUUGGCAACUGCCAUUCGAAAAGCUCAGGGGAAGCGUGGAGAUUCUAAAUCUUCUACAAUUUCUCCUCCAAUUGAUAAAUCAGCUGAAUAUUAUAGUUUUAAUUUCGUUACUAUUGAUCAUCCACUUGCAGAUUUAGAAAGAUAUGUAUUGGAACUUCAUGAAAUGAGUGAAAAUUUUAAAGCUGGAAGAUUGGAAUUACAUUCUUCUACAGCUCCUAUACAUAUUGGAGUUUCAUCUUUAUCUGAUAUGGUUGAUGAGGGACACGUUUCCGAUCAUCAAUCAAGAAAUGUAAUAGACCAAGUUACAGUAGAUCCAUCAUCAUCAUCUAGUCCUGUAACUAGUGUAGAUCCUACACCAGUUAAUCUUCCUCCUAAGGAUGAACGUAAGCUGUCCUAUUCUAACUUACGUGAAAUAGCUGAAGCCACUAACUUUGAAGACAUAUUUCAACUGCAACUGUCAUUUCAAAGCUCAGUUACUGCUCAUCAAAAUGAAGUAUAUUCCAAAUUGGAUUCAUUAAUGUUUGAAUUAUCUUCAGUAGUUGAUUCAUCAAAAACAUCAUUGAAUUCUACGUCACCAUUAAGUAUUUAUUCUAAAUCUUUGCAAGUAUUAGUUAAUCUUGCUUCCACAUCAAUACGAAAUUAUGAAAAUCAAAUACUGUCUUUGAAUGAUCUUCUUUUAGUAGAUCUUUCAAAUUCUAUAAAGAGGCAUCGUAAAAAGGUUGCACUCGCUCAAUCACAACUUCAACAAGAAAAGUUAGACUCAAUCAAACAAUUCACACAAACUAUAGUUGAUUAUGUAUCAACUACGGACAAUGGUAAGGAUGCUCAAGAAGCUUUGAAAGUUUUGAACAAUAUUAGUGAUCUUUUGAAAUGAAUUAAAUAAUUAAAUAAUUACUAAUUAUUAAUUAUUGAUUAUUAAUUAUUCUUUAUAUUGCCUUUUUGAUUUGUAUUAUGCCUCCUGUUCAAUUUUGUUUCCCGUUUUGUUAUUUCGUUUUCAAUUCAUUUUCUGUUCAUAUCAUGACGACGACUAGGUUUAGAUUAAAAUUAACUUAUUAAGUUUUAAAAAGAUAACGAAAAUCAUGUCAAAAAGACACCUCAAAAGUAAAACCGUGAUAUUAUUAUUAUUCUUAUUAUUAUUCUUAUUCUUAUUCUUAUUCUUAUUAUUAUAAUUAUUAUGUUGUUAUGAUUUUCAACAUUCAAAAUAUGCUGAAAAAAAUGCAUAUGUAUAUAUACUUUUUCUUGUACUUAUUUUUAUUUUUAUUUGACGUUAACUG